GCAACACAUCCUACAGCACCAGCAACACAGCCUACAGCACCAGCAACACAGCCUACAGCACCAGCAACACAGACUACAGCACCAGCAACACAGCCUACAGCACAAGCAACACAGCCUUCAACAUUACCUGCAGCACCAAUAUCAACUACUUCUAAGCCAUCAAGUUUAAGUCAGUUUCUGGGAUCCAUCUGGAAUAUGGUUGGGUUCAUAAAGACAGACACCACAACACCUAAUGCUACACCCGAUCACUUCACCACUACACCCAUCGCAGCUGCUGCCACACCCAUCCCAGCUGCUGCCACCCAAGCUACCUCAGCACCCUCUAAUAAACCCACAACCACUUCUGCCCCCUCCAAAUUAACCACCAUUUUAUUUACAACCACUUCAUCUACAACAACGAAACCAACCACUACAACAACCACGACCGCCACCACAACUACCAGCCAGCCACCUAUUACCACCCCCACCACAGCCACCCCCUCCACUGUCACCACUCUUGCUGCCGGCACCCCUACCAACGCCGCCGCCACCAGCAACAACACCUCGGCCACUAACACAACUGCCGCCGCCACCAGCAACAACACCACGAUUACCACCACCACCACCACCACCACUACUGCCUUCACUAACGCCACCACAGGCACCGGAGGCACCGCACAUCACAGCGGCCUCCACAGCCUCUGGGAGUAUGCCUUGAGCAAUGGAGACGUGCGCACCAAAGGUGAGGAAAGCAAUCGUGGUGAGGUAGGAUCCACUUCCAGCAUCCCUUUAUACACGGUUCACAACCUAACGACGGCUGCACCGGCGUCAGCGGCAAUAGGCGAGAUUUCUUAUACAACAAACGACAGCAGCAGUGACAAUAGGCAAGAUUCGACGGAGCCCAAGGUGACGAAAGCGCCGACGAGACUGUCACAUACGACGCGAAUUCCAUCGACGAAGGAGUCACUGGAGAACUUGCUUCGACUGAUCGGCAACUUGCGAGGAGGAAUGAAAGAUGAGCAGCCGCAAGUGAACCACCAUAACAGAGACAGUUUUAAGGUGGCCAGGGACAGCUAUUCCAGUCGCCCUUCCGUUCCACAAUCCCUAUCCACUAGUCUGGCGGGAAUGUUCCCUCUCCUACCUACGCUUUUCAACAAAGAAUCACAAGAAGGCCAAACAAACUCCAUGGAGGAAUAUGAGGACAGACUUAAGCCGCCAACACACAUAUCUCAAGACACAAACCGCCCCCCACCCCACAUCCCUCCCUCUAAUAUUCGGCCGCUGUCCUCAGAUCGUCACCACGCCCUGUCUCAUCGUCCCACCAUCAUUAUCAAGAAAGAGGGCGCUAGGGUGCAUAUUCCCGUCAUGCCCUCGGCAGAUUUUUCCUCCUUCAGGCCCCACGAGGCUAAAGACUCAGAACUCCGCCAGGAAUGGCUACUCAGGAAUGGACUGUCGCCCUCGAGCAAAACUUCGCGUCAGGGUUUAGCUCCUGUCGCAUCGCUAGGACAGAAAAAGGACCCACCACAGCACGAGACUUCUCAGCCUUCUUCCCUACCACCUCCCAUACGUUCUUCUCCUCCACCACCUCCCACACGUCGCCCUUCUCCACAUCCUCUUCCACCUACACGUCGUCCUUCACCCCCACCACCUCCCACACGUCGUCCUUCUCCCCCACCACCUCCCACACGUCGCCCUUCUCCCCCACCACCACCACUCAGCUCCCCCAGUCCUACAAGACCUCACCGUCCCGUAAGGCUACCUCCACCACCACUUCCUCCUCGCCUCUCGAAUCUACCCCCUCCACCGCGUCCUCCUCGCCCCUCAAAUCUACCCCCUCCACUGCGUCCUUCUCGCCCCUCAAAUCUACCCCCACCACCACGUCCUCCUCGUCUCUCGAAUCUACCCCUUCCACCACGUCCUCCUCGUCUCUCGAAUCUACCCCCUCCACCUCGUCCUCCUCGCCCCUCAAAUCUACCCCCUCCACCACGUCCUCCUCAUCUCUUAAAUCUUCCCUCUACCCCACGUCCCCAUCCUCCUCUGCCUGUUCUCACACCCCUCCUUCCCCCUUCUAUUUCACGUCCUCUCCGUCCCAAGCACUCACGCCCUAGCCCCACACCAGCACAAAAUGCUGUGGGAGGGAAGAGCUGCGGCGUCAGCCUCCUCAGUCGUUUGGAACAUCUGCUGGGGCGGGAACCCGUGAUGGACCAGUUCGGUGUGCGCAUCUACAGCUCUGUCAUCGACAGUAUACUGACGGUGGAGUGCCAACACCCUGAGUGGAGGAGUCCCCCCACUGCCGCGCCCCAAGCCCUGGUCUCCUCCCAGUCCUCCACGCCCGCGCCCUCCCAGACCAUGGGCAUGGAAGGAUGGCUCACCCUGGAUGAUCUAAGAGCUCAGAGACUGGAGGCUCUCCAGCAGCAGCAGGAGCUCGGAGACGGUCCCAGAAAUUUCCCUGACCAUUUAACCAGCGACGACUUACUGAGGAAUCAUCGCCCAGCAGACACUCUGCCACUCUCAUCCCCCGUGCCAACCCUCGUCGCCGUUCCCCUCCUCGCUAUUUCUCAACCUUCUGCAUAUAUUACUCAGGAUUCUGUCACCUCAACUGAGCAGUCUACUACUUCGCUUAGUUCGUCCCCAUUCCCUCGUGUCUCCUUUCUUUCGUCUUCAAAUACCUCUUCAACUUCUACUGUAACUUAUACUAAUUUUUCUAUUUCCUCCUCGUCCACUCCGUCGUUACCUUACUCGUCCUCACCCUCAUCUGUUUCCUCUGUGUUUUCCAAAUCCUCCCCCUCUCUUACCACGUUCUCGUCUGUUCUCCCUUCCUCUUCCUUGCCUACUCACCCUCUCAACACUUCCCAAUCUCACUUGUCCUUCUCAGAAUCCGCGCCACCGCCUUUUCUUGUCUCUCCAACAAUCACCCCGCUCAAUAAGUCGACAGCGGGAGUGAGUGGUGUCCAAUCUAGUAAGGAAGGUCAGGGAGAACGGAAGAAACAGGAAGCUGGCGAGGGUACUAGAGCCAGAAGAGAAACUAUAGAGGGAAGCAAGGUGAGGGAGAAAUCUAUAAAGGUACAGGAAGAAAACAUAGAGGACGAAAACGCGAGAAAAAAGGUAGUAGAGUUUGCAGAGUGGCCGCUGGGUGAUGUGGCGCCUGGGUCGCUCCUGCUCUACAACGUGACACCCGUUCCAGGUGCCUGAUGUAGCGGCGUAGGCGGUGCUGGUGGGCGUGAUGGGACCAGGGGUGUGAGCGGGAGGUCCUCCAAGGCUGCCUUCCCCUCUGCCUGUGUUGCCUCGACCUCUUCCUCCAGCAACAUCAGUCUGGAGAGAACACCGUCAACCUCCGUCGCUCAGUUGUCACCGCUCUUAGGUCCGGUAUGUCGGGUUGAGCAGGAGUUCAAGAACCUAACCUCCUCCCACGGUGGCAAUCCAGUCAAGGAGAGGCCACCAGCCUUUGGUGGCCUCUUCUGCCACCACGCCCACGUCGCCUGCCGUGCCCACAUCUGCCCACCCACAAUGGCGUGGACCACACUCCUCGAGACCUUCACCCGAGAGCCUGCUCGACAGAACACUAGACGAAGAGCAUCAGGUUGCCUCUGGGCAACUGAAGCACGAGGGAGGACUCAACGGCACUACCAAAAUUCACUUGAAAAUCAGAUGAUUUAUAAUUAUAAUUCAUACAAGAAACAUGUGGUGUGUAUAUAUAUUUGUGGACCGUCUAACCAAACUCUACUGGUAUUGUUCAAUGUUGUACCUACUAUGUAUAUCAAUAUGUCAUCAUUAAAUGUUCAUUAUCUUAUAUCACAUUAAAUUCAUUAACAUCACUAGCACAUGAAAAUUAACUCCCUUGAUUAUAUAAAAUAACAAAAGUCCCAGUUAAAUUAUUGUUUCUUUAGAAAGGCAGCAGAUAUAUGGGAAAAUAAUGAAGCCAACAUCAUCAAAUUUUCUUUAUCUUGGCCUCAUGCACCAAAGCCCCCCCCCCCCUGCUUCAGGUAGUGUACCGGUGUUUCUUGUAUAUCUUUACAUCUGCUUCCUGUACAACCUCUGCAUCAACUAUGUCUUGAAAUUUAACAUCUUACAAAAUCACUGCUUCAUAUUUUAUAGGUUUUAGAGAUAGCUUGUCUGGCCAAAUUUCUUUCCACGGCUUUCCACUAUAAAAGUUCAUAGGGAAUCUUUAAUACAGUAGAAUA